UCCCCUUCAGUCUUGCACAGGUGUAGUGGCUCCUCCCCUUCAGUCUUGCACAGGUGUAGUGGCUCCUCCCCUUCAGUCUUGCACAGGUGUAGUGGCUCCUCCCAUUCAGCCUUGCAUAGGUGUAGCGGCUCCUCCCCUUCAGUCGUGCACAGGUGUAUCAGCUCCUCCUCUUCAGUCUUGCACAGGUGUACUGGCUCCUCCCCUUCAGUCUUGCACAGGGUUAACAGCUCCUCCCCUUCAGUCUUACACAGGUGUAUCAGCUCCUCCCCUUCAGUCUUGCACAGGUGUACCGGCCUCCCCUUCAGUCUUCACAGUAUACCGGCUCCUCCCCUUCAGUCUUGCACAGGUGUACUGGCUCCUCCCGUUCAUUCUUGCACAGGUGUACCGGCUCCUCCCCUUCAUUCUUGCACAGGUGUACCGGCUCCUCCCCUUCAGUCUUGCACAGGUGUACCGGCUCCUCCCCUUCAGUCUUGCACAGGUGUAUCGGCUCCUCCCCUGCAGUCUUGCUCCACCCUCUACAGAAAACUACAGGAGCGGGCGGGUGGACAAGACCUCCCCCUACAGAAAGUAGAGCUACAGGAGGCUCCACCCACUACAGAA